GCUUUAUAAUCCGCAAUGGAAAUUGAGUUGAGAAGAAAACACAAAGAUGAUUGUGAUGAGUGAUGACCUGAGGCUGAGACCUAACGCGGCUGUUUGAGGCGGUGCGCGGCUUCGGUUUUCGUUAGUAUUCUUUUGCUGUCAAAAUUUUGAUUUUUCAAAGGCUUGAAUUUUUCUGAAGUAAACCACUAACGAGAUUGAAUUAGAACCAUGAAACCUGUUGAUUGGGAGCAAGAAUUGAAUAAGUAUCAGAAUAUUAUGGCCUCAGGGACCAAGUCUAUGAAAAUAAAAGCAAUGGUCAUGCUGGCCCGUUUCUCCAAACAUGCCCCUGAGCAUGUGUUAUCUUGCACCAUUCCCAUUCUCACUGAGAUUCUUGGUGAUGCUAUUUCAAAUGAUUCCGCUCCUUCAUUUCAAGAGGCUGCUGCUUAUUGCUUGAAGUGUAUUGCUUGUAGAGGAAAUGGUCAAUUGGCAAUUGAAAUUGCUGAACACGGUGCCGCUCAUUCUUUGAUGAGGUUGUUGCCUCAUUCUGAUGGAAGGAUGAAGAAAGUCCUGAUGAAGUUUUUGCUGGUUAUUGUUAGUUUUUGUGAGGAAAGUAGGAUAGUGGUUGCUACCAAUGGUGGGGUGGAAAUCAUAAUCAGUUUGUUGAAUUCUUGCACUGAUGAUACUCGGUGGUAUUUGUUAGAGAUUUUGAGUGUGUUGGCAUUGAGGAGGGAUGUUAGGAAGGCGCUCGUGAGAUUUGAAGCUCUUAAUUUUGUUGUGGAGGCUGCUGGUGUUGGGAGCAUAGUCUCUAGGGAAAGAGCUUGUCAAGCAAUUGGGUUGCUUGGAGUCACGAGACAGGCUAGGCGUAUGCUUGUUGAAUUGGGAGCAAUAGAGGCGCUUGUGGAAUUGUUUCAUAAUGGAGAUUACACCACGAAACUUUUGGUUGGUAAUUCUCUUGGUGUGAUAUCUGCUCAUGUUGAUUACAUUAGACCAGUUGCUCGAGCUGGGGCUAUCCCACUUUAUGCUGAGCUUCUUCAAGGACACGAUCCUUCUGGUAAGGAGAUAGCCGAGGAUGUGUUUUGUAUAUUGGCUGUUGCAGAGACUAAUGCUGUAGAAAUUGCGGGGCAUUUGGUGAGAAUCCUUAGAGAAGGUGAUGAUGAAGCAAAGGCAUCUGCUGUUGAUGUGAUGUGGGAUCUGUCAGGUUACAAGCACUCUACAUCUGUGGUUCGGAAUUCAGGUGCAAUUCCUAUUCUUGUGGAGCUUUUGAGGAAUGGAACUGAAGAAGUAAAGGUGAAUGCUUCUAGGGUGUUUGCUCAGUUAAGUUAUGAUGGGGAAGACAGAAUGGCAUUUGCUGGUGCAGGGGCAAUUCCAAUUCUUAUUGACUUGAUGAACGAUGUUGAUGAUGUUGACGAGGUUGAGGAACUAGGGCAUAAUGCUGCAGAGGCUCUUGUCAAUUUUUAUGAAGAUCCAUUGUAUCAUGACAGAGUAUCUGAUGCAAUUAAUGUUCCUUUGUUCAGAAACAUGCAGAAUAGAUUAAUUCUUAUUCGUUCAUCAAAUGAGCAUAUGGCUAGAUCCUUACGAAGGAUGAGUGUUGAGCAGCUCACUCGAAACCUAGAUCUUGUAUAAUCGUUUUAAGGGUAUGUUUUGAUCUCAUAAAUCCUUUGCAAAAUAGGGAUCAAUCUCGAGUUAUUUUAGUUUAACCCUCGAGUAUAGACUUGUGUUGUCAUGAGAAUUGGGUGAGGGGGGGCGGGGGUAUCCCUUAGCCUGAGAGAGAACUUUCCAAUGCAAAGAUAAUCCUUGAUAACUUUGCUGUAUAUUUCUAGAAGUUUGCAUACACACAUAUAAAGGAGUGAGCAGAUAACCUUGUACUUGUAGGAAAGUGCUUGAAUUUGUAUAAUUUUGCUGCCAAAUGUCAACCAUGAUGUUAUCAGUAAUAAUGUUAUUCUGAAUCUCUGAUGAAUCAGAAAUAGCCAUUCCUUUUAUUUGUCUCCUUGUUUGAUCCAGCCACAAGGACACUUGCAUUUUGGCUCUCUUGCCUAAAUCAUUUUGUAAAAUAUUAGCCAUUAUUUUUGAAUUUUCCUUAGCUUCUUUAGUGUGUCUACAUCCUCCAUAAAACUCUACCACCCCAUUGUUUUCAUUUGGGCUAAGGCAAUGCUUCAUCUGUGUAGAGGAUGGACCCUUAAGUUCUACUACCCUACUUAUACAGCUCAACCGUUCUUAAACUCUUUAUUUGGGAUCUUCUGGCUUUAAUGCAAGAUUAUAUCAUAUUUAAAAGGUCGUCCAUUUUUUUAAU